CAUCCAAAAAAUCAUGUUUUAGAAAAAGAGAAGAAAUCUAUGUCCAAAUUUAGAUGUGGAAAGGAAAAGGGUGAAAAUUUUUGUUGUGAAAAGGAAGUAUUACCAUGGGCAGGUUUUAAGGUCAACAAAGCAUUUCAGAUAAAAAGGUGAUAAUAUUUUAUUCCAGAAUUUUGUUUAGCUCAAAGAAUAUCACAGUAACAAAAGGUAGAAUUUUUUUCCAGCAAAGAGGAAAAGUUAGAUUCUUUGAUUCCUCCUUUUACAGCCUUUCAUCUAUUUUGCAUAUUCUCAUUGUCAAAAACUCCAUUUUUGAAGCUGCAGUACAAUAGUCUUUUCAGAGUAAGAAAAGAAAGUAAGGAAAACAUGGAAAUCUUGAUCAAGAAAGUUCAUUUUAUAGUCUUUUUCCUUUCUUUGAACUUUUACAUGUCUCAAGAAGCACAAGCAGCAAAAAACUACUGUGGUAAUAUUAGAAUUGAAGAGCCCUUUGUUUCUCAAAACUCAACAGAUUCAUCUUUCUUGAAAAAUAUGGUCUAUUGUAGAUCAGAGAUUUUAUACUAUAGAACUUCUCUUGGCCUAUUCCAAGUUUCUUCAAUUGAUUACAAAAAUAAAGUGCUUACUCUUUCUCAUAGUUCUUGUUCUACUUCAUCUCAUUAUGUAUCUCCAAAAGAUUUAUCUUUUGGAUUUCCUCCUCCCCCUAAGCCUAACUCAUUACUCCUAUUCAACUGCUUAAAUCCUAAGGGAAAUACAUCAACUUUUCAAAAUUGUCCUUACUUGAAAAAUGAGAAAGAUUCUUCUUUAAAGUUGUGUAAAGAAGGUCUAAUAACACAAAGGUCAUCUUCUUGUUUGAUGGUUGAUGAUGUUCAAGAUUUGGGAAAUGAGUUUCAUCCUAAAGAUUUGAACUGUUCACAUUAUAGAAGAGUUUAUAAAAGCAAUUCUCAAGAUGGGAAAAGUGAGAAACUUGAGUUAGGGACAAGGAUAUCUUGGGAUAUUGACCAUGUACCAAAUCCUUGUGAUGAGUGUAGAAAGCCUUAUGGUAAUUGUGGAGUUGGAUUGAGAUGUCUUUGCCAUGUAACCCAAUGUAGGGUAGAGGUUUCUGCUGGUCUAAUUCCAAAACCUAGUGGUAUUAUGCUCUUCUCUUUGCUUUGCUUAAUUGUUGUAAUGGAUCUUCUCGAGUCAGUCGUGGCGUAAUUGGUAAAGUUGCUGCCAUGUGAUUAGGAGGUCACGGAUUCGAGUCGUGGAAACAGUUUUUUGCAGAAAUGCAAAUUAAGACUGUGUACAAUAGGCCCUUAUGGUCUGACUCUUUCCGAAUUCUGCGCAUAGCGGAAGCUUAAUAUACUAGGCUGCCUUCUUUGAUUUUUGGAUCUUCUUGAAGUGGUUUUAAGAUAACUAAGUUCUUUCCUUUGUUGCAAAAACAAGAUGUAUUUAAUUUACUUUCAUUUCCAAAGAAUGAGAAUUUGUAAUGAACAAUAUAUUUGAGGAUGUACAUUGUACUAUAUGACAUUGUGCAAUCAUUUUGUACUAAAAAGGGGAUGGAGAUUUCCUGGAUAAUACUUUAUCAAUAUAUGUCUACUGAAAAUUACUAGUGG